AUGGAGAUGGAGAUUGAGGUGUCGAGCACAAUCCCAGUUACUCCAUCGGAGCAGGGUUCUUUGAGAAGCAAAGAUGAUAGGGGUGCAUACUUGGUAUGGGAAGAUGUAAGUGUGGUGUUACCCAACUUUGGCAAGGGACCAACAAGGAGGUUGCUUCAAGGGCUCUGUGGCUAUGCCGAACCUGGCCGGAUAAUGGCUAUCAUGGGUCCAUCCGGGUCAGGCAAAUCCUCCCUACUUGACUCUUUAUCAGGGAGACUUUCAGGAAAUACUAUUAUGACUGGGAAUGUUCUCAUCAAUGGGAGGAAAAAGAGACUAGACUAUGGACUUGUUGCUUAUGUGACCCAAGAAGAUGUUUUGUUGGGUACCCUUACAGUUAGAGAAACCAUCUCUUACUCAGCUCAUCUGAGGCUUCCUUCUGCUCUCAGCAAAGAAGAGAUAGAUCAGGUGGUGGAAGACACAAUCAUGGAGAUGGGUCUUCAAGACUGUGCCGACAAAUUGAUAGGCAACUGGCAUCUGAGAGGUAUCAGCGGUGGAGAGAAGAAACGAGUGAGCAUUGCACUGGAGAUCCUUACACGCCCUCGUCUCUUGUUUCUUGAUGAACCCACAACCGGACUCGAUAGUGCAGCGGCUUUCUUUGUCAUUCAAACUUUACGAACCGCAGCUCUUGAUGGGAGGACUGUCAUCUGUUCCAUACACCAACCCAGUAGUGAAGUGUUUGAUCUAUUCGACGAUCUGUUUCUCCUCUCCAGUGGUGAAGCUGUUUACUUUGGAGACGCCAAGAAGGCUGUACAAUUUUUCGCUGAAGCUGGAUUCCCUUGUCCUAGCAGAAGAAGCCCUUCUGAUCAUUUUCUUCGCUGUAUUAAUAGAGAUUUCGACAUUGUUCAUGAUACUCUGAUGGGAUCUCAGAAGAUUCGUCAAUUUGAAGUAUCAUCAGACCCUCUAAUGAAUAUGACAGCUUCAAGGAUAAAAGAAAUACUUGUUCAGAAAUAUAAGACAUCAGAGUAUGCAACAAAUACAAGAAAGCGGAUUCGAGAACUUUCCAACGUGGAAGGAGUUACCGUUGGAUCCAACAGAGGAAGUGAGGCCACGUGGUGGAAACAGCUGACCACAUUAACGAGGAGGUCUUUUGUGAACAUGUGUAGAGAUAUUGGGUACUACUGGUUAAGGAUCAUAAUCUACAUAGUGGUAUCUUUAUGUGUUGGCACAAUUUAUUUCGACGUUGGGACUAGCUAUUCCGCAAUCCUGGCGCGAGGAGCCUGUAUUGCGUUUGUAUCAGGCUUCAUGACAUUCAUGUCCAUCGGAAGCUUCCCAUCUUUCACCGAAGAAAUGAAGGUCUUUUAUCGGGAAAGACUCAAUGGGCACUACGGCAACGCAGUGUUCAUUGUAUCAAACUUUGUCUCCUCUUUUCCUUUCAUGGUUUCAGUGGCUGCAGCAAGUGGAACGAUAACAUAUUACAUGGUGAAGCUUCACCCGGGUUUCUCUCGCUAUAUCUAUUUCUGCUGUGUUCUAUUCGUCUGCAAUUCUGUCGUUGAAAGCUGCAUGAUGGUUGUUGCAGCCCUGGUACCCAACUUCCUCAUGGGCAUCAUCACUGGAGCUGGUAUCAUUGGAAUUAUGAUGAUGACUUCUGGGUUCUUUCGCUUGCUUCCUGAUCUUCCCAGGGCCUUCUGGCGCUACCCAAUUUCUUAUAUCAGUUAUGGGUCUUGGGCAUUUCAGGGAGUAUGCAAGAACGACUUGCUCGGGCUCGAGUUUGAUCCUUUAAUACCUGGUGAUCCUAAACUGAAGGGAGGUGUAGUCAUCCAGACAAUGUAUGGCAUGACAUUGGAUCACUCUAAGUGGUGGGAUUUGACUGCUGUCAUAAUUAUUCUCAUAUCCUACAGAGUUCUCUUCUUCUUCAUACUCAAGCUGAAAGAGAUAGCAUCACCCUUGUUCCACACCCUUUAUGCCAAGAGAACAAUCCGGAAGAUUAACAGAAGGCCUUCAUUCAGAAGAAAGGCAUCUGAAUCAAUCCCUCUCUAUCUAAACGUGAACAAGGGUCUCAGCUCUUCACUCUCUUAGAGGCAGCAAUAAACCCCUUCAGCAAUUCACUCGAUCGAAUUCUUGCUUUUGUAUAGAUUUGUAGCUAUAGAAAAUUUGGAAUAAGCAAUUUUCUUCUACUUUUUUUUUGGGUAAAGAGAAUAAGCAAUUAUCAAUUUGGCAUGUAUUCGUAGAGUAGAUUUACUUUAUAAAAGGGCUGUUUUUGGGUCUCACCAAAUUUUACCAAUU